AUGGCCGAGUCAUCUUUUACGUGCUUCUUUGCUCGCUGCAAUUUGAAAGUCGGAGGACGUCGCGUAUUCCGCGUAUUCGUCUACGUACGUGUGGCACGUGUAGAGGCAUGGACUAUACUGAUUACACGCGGGACUUUUCUAACAGAUUUCAAGAUUGGCAAGGAGCGAAUAUUGAACCCGCUGCGUCCGAACUGGACUGAAAUAAAUUUCGCUGCUGCGUGUCCGAAAAAAAAUGGAGCAAACGAAAAGGUUCGCCUCAUUUCUAAUAGUACGAAAUUUCUUGAUUUGAUGAUGAAAAUGAGGAAGAAAUGCUGCGAUAGUUUAUUAAUGAUACCGACUGAUUAG